AUGGAGGCCAUCUGGCUGUACCAAUUCCGCUUGAUCGUCAUCGGCGAUUCCACCGUGGGCAAGUCCUGCCUGAUCCGCCGCUUCACCGAAGGACGCUUCGCCCAGAUUUCCGACCCGACGGUGGGGGUGGAUUUCUUCUCCCGGCUGGUGGAGAUCGAACCUGGCAAGAGGAUCAAGCUGCAGAUUUGGGACACGGCCGGGCAAGAGCGGUUCCGGUCCAUCACCAGAGCCUACUACAGGAACUCGGUGGGUGGACUCCUCCUCUUUGACAUUACCAACCGCAGGUCCUUCCAGAACGUCCACGAGUGGCUAGAGGAGACCAAGGUGCACGUCCAGCCAUACCAGAUUGUCUUUGUUUUGGUAGGUCACAAGUGUGACCUUGACACCCAACGACAAGUGACCAGGCACGAGGCUGAGAAACUGGCAGCAGCCUAUGGGAUGAGGUACAUCGAGACCUCUGCUCGGGAUGCCAUUAACGUGGAGAAGGCCUUCACUGACCUGACUCGAGAUAUAUAUGAGCUGGUUAAAAGGGGGGACAUUUCAAUCCAGGAGGGAUGGGAAGGGGUAAAGAGUGGGUUUGUCCCAAAUGUAGUGCACUCUUCAGAAGAAGUGGUGAAAUCAGAUAGGAGGUGCUUGUGCUGAGCUCUUCUAGUGAGGCAAGUGGUGAUGAACUCUACUAACCAAACCUACUUUACUAAGUGAACUCGGUGUGACAGAAAGGAGAGCAACACUCCUGUUGUGAACAGCCUCCCACCUUGUUUUGGACACCAGAACAGAUUCCCCUCCUCCCCCCCGGAGAGAAAUGUUCUGUUUCAAUGAAUCUUUCAGAACUGGGGGCUACAAACCUAACGGAGAGUGAGGGAGGGUGCCUGGUGUUGUGAGGAGGCAGGAAGCAGCAAUGAGGGGCUGCACCAGGCGGGUGAGAGAGCUGGAUGGGCUGGCACGUGCCAGGGUACUGUACAUCUCCUCUUUUCAGUAAAUCCACAGCUCCAUGAUGGGUGUUGCAGCCACAGUAUGGCUACUUGAGAAGUGUGACAGACAGGCAGACAGAAAGGCAGAGGACACCUUUGUUUGUGUCAGCUGUUUAUUACCAGGAAGCUGUGAAGCCAGCACAGGUACCAGUUCCUCAUAUGGAAACUUUUCCUCCACAGGAAAAGUUUACUGACAUGGUAUGCACACUUCUGAAAUUCCUUUCUUAUG